AUGAGCGGCUCGUUCGACCGCAAGCUCAGCAGCAUCCUCACCGACAUCUCCAGCUCGCUCAGCUGCCAUGCGGGCUCCAAGGACUCCCCCACCCUGCCCGAGUCUUCGGUCACGGACCUGGGCUAUUACAGCGCCCCCCAGCACGACUACUACUCGGGCCAGCCCUACGGCCAGACGGUGAACCCCUACACCUACCAUCACCAGUUCAACCUCAACGGGCUCGCGGGCACUGGCGCCUACUCGCCCAAGUCGGAAUACACCUACGGGAGCUCGUACAGGCAGUACGGGGCGUACCGGGAGCAGCCCCUGCCCGCCCAGGACCCAGUGUCGGUGAAAGAGGAGCCGGAAGCCGAGGUGCGCAUGGUGAACGGCAAACCCAAGAAGGUCCGAAAGCCGCGCACCAUCUACUCCAGCUACCAGCUGGCCGCCCUGCAGCGCCGCUUCCAGAAAGCCCAGUACCUGGCCCUGCCCGAGCGCGCCGAGCUGGCUGCACAGCUGGGCCUCACACAAACCCAGGUGAAAAUCUGGUUCCAGAACCGCCGCUCCAAGUUCAAAAAGCUCUACAAGAAUGGGGAGGUGCCGCUGGAACACAGUCCCAACAACAGUGACUCCAUGGCCUGCAACUCGCCGCCAUCACCGGCACUCUGGGACACGUCUUCCCACUCCACUCCGGCCCCUACCCGCAAUCAGCUGCCCCCGCCGCUCCCGUACAGUGCCUCUCCCAACUACCUGGACGACCCCACCAACUCCUGGUACCACGCACAGAACCUCAGCGGACCCCACUUACAGCAGCAGCCACCUCAGCCAGCUACCCUGCACCAUGCCUCCCCGGGGCCCCCGCCAAAUCCUGGGGCUGUGUACUGA